AUGAUUACGGCAGCAACCCCAUGGUACGAAACCGCUAUCGACCUAUGGAAUCACAACUUUCCUCGAGUGCUGAAAAAGAUGCACGAAAAGCAUGGUCCCAUUGUGCGAGUAUCUCCCUGGGAGCUCCAUAUUUACGACCCCGACUAUUUCAACAAUGUGUUUGUGACAUCUGCAAAGAGAAGAACUACUAUUGAGCCUCGAGAAGGUCUCUUGAUGGACUCUUUCGCCGGUGAUAUCAUCGGCGAGCUGGCUUGUGGCAAGAAUCCCCAGCUCAUGAAUGGGCAAGAUUUUACGCCUGAAUGGCAAGUACCGGAUAAACUACUACGAAUUGACCUUUUUCCCGGGGUUGACGAGUUGAUUCCAAUCAAGUUGCUGAAAGCUUUGAGCCCCAAGACUGCGAGUUUCUCGAUCAUGGCAGUGCUUGGCGUGACACAAAUCGAAAAGAUCAAAAAAGAGGUAGCACUCCAAGCCAAAGACCAAGCAGAGGAAAGCCAAUCUGUGUUCCACUCUCUGCUGAGGAGUGAUAUGCCCCCGGCCGAGCUUAGUGACAUGCGUCUGUCCGCCGACGCAAUGGCAUUACUCGCUGCGGGAACCGCAACCACAUCUUCUGUUCUCACACUCAUCUCGUUCUACAUCAUCUCCGAACCGCGCAUUAGGAACCGUCUCCGUGAUGAGCUUGGAGUAGCGAUGGCGGGUGUCCCACCCGGAAAAUUGCUUCAAUGGACACAGUUGGAAAAAAUUCCAUAUCUGAACGCGUGCAUUAAGGAAGGAGUUCGAAUUGGGCGCACUUUCAGACGCAAUGGACGAAUUUCGCCCGACCAGGAACUACAGUACAAGGGUUAUACGAUCCCGAAGAAUACACUGGUAUCCAUGUCAUUGUCUUUGCAGCAUGUGGACCCGGCUGUAUUCCCCGAGCCGAACAGAUUCAGACCCGAGCGAUGGCUUGGCGAGUACGACCCACGUAUGGAUGAUUACAUGCAGCCAUUCAGCAAAGGGUCGCGUGACUGCUUGGGAAAGAAUCUUGCACGCGCGGAGCUUUACAUCGCCAUUGGCACCUUGUUCCGCCCUGGCGGUCCUCGCCUAACUAUCAGCGGCUGUGAUGAGUCGGACAUCUUCCCGGUCAACGACAAGGAGUGGGGUGUUCCCAAAACUGACAGCAGAGGCCUCAGUGUCUGUGUGGGCUGA